CAGAUUUAAUUCAGUUAGAAGAACAUAUGGCUGGCAAAUAGUUGCUCUAAGGCCUGAAAAGUUGCCUGGAAACAACACCGGGGUGGAGGUUACAACACUGUGUGGCUUUCUAGAAGAUGACCAUAGAGGAUCUUCCAGAACCUUCCUUAGAAGGAGAUUCCCUCAUUGAAAGAGAACGGUUCUUAUUUCCAAACUCUGAAACAUCUGUUACUUUUUCUGUUGCUGCAGCACCAAUGCCUUCAGACUGUGAGUUUUCCUUCUUCGAUCCCAAUGAUGCAGCAUGCCAAGAAAUACUUUUCAACCCCAAAACAUCAGUUUCUGAAUUGUUUGCUAUCUUAAGGCAGUGGGUUCCACAGGUCCAGCAGAAUAUUGAUAUUAUUGGGAAUGAGAUCAUUAAAAGGGGUUGCAAUGUGAAUGACAGAGAUGGACUGACUGAUAUGACUCUCUUGCAUUACACUUGCAAAUCAGGGGCCCAUGGUAUUGGUGAUGUUGAAACUGCUGUAAAAUUUGCGACGCAGCUCAUUGAUUUGGGUGCUGAUAGCAGUUUACGCAGCCGCUGGACAAAUAUGAAUGCCUUGCAUUAUGCUGCCUACUUUGAUGUUCCAGAACUUAUUAGUGUUAUUUUGAAAAAUGCAAAGCCAAAAGAUGUGGAUGCCACCUGUAGUGAUUUUGAUUUUGGAACAGCUUUGCAUAUUGCUGCAUUUAACCUAUGUACAGGAGCUGUCAAGUGUUUACUGGAACACGGAGCAAAUCCUGCCUUUAGGAAUGACAAAGGGCAGAUUCCAGCAGAUGUGGUUCCUGAUCCAGUAGAUAUGCCACUGGAAAUGGCAGAUGCAGCGGCCAGUGCAAAAGAAAUCAAGCAGAUAUUGCUGGAUGCAGUGCCUCUCUCAUGUGACAUCUCAAAAGCCAUGAUUCCAAACUACGAUCAUGUCACAGGCAAGGCCAUGCUUUUAUCACUUGGCCUGAAACUGGGAGAUCGUGUUGUUAUUGCAGGACAGAAGGUUGGUACGUUAAGAUUUUGUGGCACAACGGAAUUUGCCAGUGGACAGUGGGCUGGCAUAGAGCUGGAUGAACCAGAAGGAAAGAACAACGGAAGUGUUGGAAAAGUCCAGUACUUCAAGUGCGCAUCAAAACGCGGUAUCUUUGCACCUCUUUCUAAAAUAAGCAAGGCUUCUGAUCACAAAAAAAGCUCCGUACGAAGUUCUUCCAUGCGGUCUUCACCUUUGGUCAAAUCCAAGAAAAUAGAUGUGACGCACAUAACUUCCAAAGUGAACUCUGGCCUCAAUAUGGCAAAAAAAGACAGUGCUUCUGAAACCAACUUUAUGACUGCUAACAGGGGAAAAACUGUACCUGCAAAAGACGGUUUUCCUGGGUACAGCAGCUCUUCCUCUUCUACUGCCUCCUUGGAAGGCAAACAGAAUUACUCCAAGAAGCGGAACUCAACUAGCAGCAAUAAAAAGGCAGUGACUAGAUUGUCUUCUGCCUCAUCUAAAAUUAGUGCUGGGUUGUAUAGUUCUUCUCCAGCUACGAGGAAAAAUCCUUUUGACGAAGGAGAAAUUCAGGUUGGAGACAGAGUACUGGUGGUAGGACAGAGAACAGGCACUGUUAGAUUUUGUGGGACGACAAAAUUUGCACCAGGAUUCUGGUGUGGAAUUGAAUUGGACAAGCCUCACGGGAAGAAUGAUGGUUCCGUGGGAGGCGUUCAGUACUUCAGUUGUCUUCCCAGAUACGGUAUAUUUGCACCACCAUCUCGCGUACAGAGACUAACAGGUUCUCUGGAUUCUCUCACAGAGACUUCGUCAAGUAAAAUAAAUCACACUUUUCCAGGUUUUAGACGCAGUCUAAGCACCACUUCUGCAUCUUCACAAAAGGAGAUAAACAGAAGAAACUCCUUUGUUAGUAGAUCCAAGAGUUCUGUGUUACGGCGCAGCUGGAGUAAUACCACUACAGCCAGCACUGAGGGACCAGUGAAGCUGCAUGAAGGCUCUCAGGUCCUUCUGACCAGCUCCAAUGAAAUGGGGACAAUCAGGUACAUUGGUCCUACAGACUUUGCACCGGGGAUAUGGCUCGGACUUGAACUCAGAAGUGCCAAGGGAAAGAACGAUGGCUCCGUGGGGGAAAAGCGCUAUUUCACCUGUAAGCUGAACCACGGGGUCUUAGUUCGACCUAGCAGAGUAACCUAUCGUGGGAUUAAUGGGGCAAAACUUGUAGAUGAUAUUUGCUGAGUCAAAAUGUGCUCAUACAAUAGGAAAUAAGUAUUUAAAGCACACAAGACCCCAUCUAGAAUGCAAACUUAUUUUUAAACUAUUAAAUCUGCAUUUACAUUUUACAUAUAUAUAAGUAUAUAUAUGUAUGUGUGUGUAUAUAUAACAUAUAUUUUAAUAUAUAUACAUAAAAAAUAGAGAGAUUAAAAAAAGUUCAAUUGCAUUAAGAAGUAAAACCACUAUUCUGUUUCUCUUACUGAAACAGCCCUUGCCUGGGAAGGUUAUUGCAAAAGCAUCUUGGGUUUGAGAUGCCGUAUUAUUUGAAUAAUGUUCCAGUUAGUUAGAGAAUGCGAGUAUCUCCAACAUUCUCUAAAGUUGCUCUGUGAUUCAUGCAGUAUUUAAACGAUUUUCCUCCAUGUAGUAAUGAACUGAUAAUGCUUUGUGCAUUGCCUGCUUUUGACAGAGGAGGUGGUUAAUGAGUGACAUUAGUCUGGUUACCAGGCACUUUGUCAAUUCCAAUACCAGCUGCUAGCAAUA